ACGUGUUGACAACACCAAACAGCUGAUUUUUGUUUACCUUCGGAGAGCCUCUAGCACGUGGUCGGUUCCUUGUAAACAAUCUUCUUCCUUCAGCCAAAGAGGAUGGAUGGAGGCGCUGGUGUCUGUCAAGUUUGUACCAAAGCAACAUCGAAAUACAAAUGUCCAGGGUGUUUAUUGAAGUACUGCAGUGUCAUCUGCUUCAGGAGCCAUAAGGAAGGAAAAUGCGAACCAGCGCAGCCAGAGCCGACCGUGACCUUGGAGAUCGACACUAAAGGAAACAUAUCGUCACAGAACGUACUCUUUCCAACCGACGAUACAGUCCUGCCAGAGACUUUGGAGAAGCUGAGGUGCUCGCGUAGACUACAAGCGGUGCUCCGAAACCCCCACUUAAGGGAGAUUCUGAGGGAAGUGGAUAGCGCAUCCAACACAGAAGUUCACAUUGCCCGAGCCAUGAGAGAACCGAUCUUCACGGAGUUUGCGGAUAUCUGUCUGAGUAUCGUGGAGCCUGGCGAAGAUGGUGCCAUGGAGACGGAUUCGGAGGAAGAUAUUUGAUAGGAAAAUGUUGGACAUGAAUGGGGAUAAGCGUUGUUUUGGAAAUUUAGGAAUGGGUGUGACGAGAUGCAGAUUUGUGGAUGAUUCGUUUCAUAUGCUACUGUGAUUUUGUCUGGAAGGGGCGUGGAUGUUAUGGUGUGUGUGUGUGUGUGUGUGUGUGUGUGUGUGUGUGUGUGUGUGUGUGUGUGUGUGUGUGUGUGUGUGUGUGUGUGUGUGUGUGUGUGUGUAAUUUUCAGAUUUCAUAACAAAUUUGGGUGAAUUUCUCUUAUAUACAUUGGUUGUAGAUGGUAUUUGUACAGCUCUUUGUAAUUUUUAUCUUAUUUUGCUAUUAAAAGAUUUGUCUUGAA